CCUUCAAAAAGGGGAAGAAGAAAAAAGAAGCGGAAGUCCGCGUCUCCUGGAUACGGAGAGAAGCUGAACAGGCGCAGAGCAGAUCAGGAUGGAUUUAGAUUAAAUUUUUAUGUUAUUUUAUUUGAAGAAUAUAAAUGAAUAAUUCGAUCACACCACGCAUCGGUUUAUGAUUCUAUAAGAAUGGAGACGGUGUGAAGCUGAGAAAUGGCUCAGGCAGCUCUCAGUGUAGUCGGAGUGUUGGAGUGUGUGGUGCGGCGGUGUGUGGGUCCGAGUGGUGGAACUGUGAUCUUCACUAAAGACACUGGAGAAACUUUAAUUACUAAACACGGACACCAAGUUCUUACUGCACUGCACCUGGAGCAUCCUAUAGCCAGCACCGUGUUGGAGUGUGUGUGCGCACACCAUCGUGUUACAGCGGACGGUUCGAAGUCGUUCAUCCUCCUGCUGGCGGCGCUGCUGCGGGGAAUCUGUGACUCUGUACGUGACUGCACACUCGCGCAGCGCCGGCACGCCUCCUGGAAAUUGGCCAAUCAGCUUCAAGCGUUCUGCCUGGACGGGUUGGAUGAAGUGAUAGCUCACGGCGUUGUGCCUUAUGCCUCGUCUCUUUUCGGUCCCGGCGGACGUGAGCUGGAGGGCGGAGUCUUGGCUGCAUUGGUGGGCGGGUUUGUCGGUGGGCGGGUCAGUCCCGGUCAGGCCGAGGUUCUCACGCCGCUGCUGUGUGAGCUGUACACGAGGGUCAGACACGGAGACGCAGACGUCGCCGCCAUCUCAUUUAUCCACUCGCACUUCUCUCAGCUGCACACGGGCGUGUCGGGACUCCAAAGCGCCCAAUCAUGCGUGGUGGAAGGCAUGCUCCUGACUUGUAAUUGGUCCGUUUGGAAAGAGCCAUGCGGCCCGGUGAGGUUGCUAGCUGUUUUUGAGAAAUUAGACGCGAGUUGCGAUGAGGGUGCGUGUGUUCAGGUUCAGGAGGACUGGACGUUUCAGAGUGACUGCGUCCUGCAGGAGAGAUUAGCGAGCAUCCUGAAGCUCGGGGUGAACGUCAUGAUGUCGACGGUGAAGCAGUCGGAGCGGGUGCAGGUGUGGGCGUGGCUGAACGCCAUCUCUGUUCUGGACUGCUGCGAUCCUGGAGAGUUGGACCUGCUAUGUGAACUCAGUGAAGCAGAAUCGCUCACGCUGCAGCCUCUGAUGCGUGUGGGGACGCUAACACGCUGCAGUCGCUUUCAGCUCGGGGGACGCAAAUACGCUAACGUCGGGGUCACACACACAUCAGUACACACACACACCCUGGUGCUGUGUGCACCCACUGCAGGAGCACUGGAGCAGAGUGUAAGCACCAGCCGAGGCGUGUUCUCCAUGCUGCAGCACCUGAGUCAGUCUCACAGACACAACAAUGUCUCACCAGGUCCUCCCCAGCAGUGUGUCACGUCCCCACAGCGGCUCACGUCCCCACAAUGUCUCCCAUCCUCACAUUAUCUCACGUCCCCACAGCUUGACUCACCAUGUCCAAACUUGCGCCAGUGCAUUUUAAACACUGGUGAUGUCAUCCCUGUGGGAGGAGCUUUUGAGUUUGCGUUCCAUCAUUUCCUGCUGCGUAGUAACCAUGGCGACCCCGAGACGCGAAGACUCCUUGCCGAGGCUAUACUGAGCGUGCCCAGAUCUCUCCACGCCCACAGACCCGAAGAUUUCCUGCAACGUCUCGCUAACUUUACGACUAGUCUACAGCAGCCCCAGCCAAUCAGAGAGCAGGGCUCGGGGUCAGAGUUCACCUGGGGUCCGGGAGCAGAUGGAUGUGGGCGAGUGUGUGUAGAGACGGUCUGUAGUAAACACCAGUUGGUGGCGUCUGUGCUGCAGUGUGUGAACAGACUGCUGCGUGUGGAGAUUGUGAUACGCACAUCCAUGUCGCUCGGCCCUGCGACGUCGUCCGAGUCUGACAGUGAGGAAGACGAGGAUGAUGAAGACGAGGAUGAUGAAGAUGGGACGUGACACCAUGUCAAUGAGUUCUGAUCUAAAAUCAUUGAAAUUAUUCAUGAAUAUGUAAAUUUGGAACCGCCCCCACGUCCUCCUGCCAGGCCCACAUUUUCUCACUGAUUUAUUUAACAGCAGAUUCAAACCUGCCAGGAUUCAGCGUCGCCACGGCAACCACCUUCUUCUCAUCGCUAACAUUAGCGCAGUAGAGAGUUAAAGCCUCUGCGGCUCAACGCGAGCACAUCGUUAACUUCACAUCAUUUACAGAUGAGAUUUGAUUGGUUCAAAACUGUUCUGUUUAUUAAAUGACAUCACAAACUGAGUUCAUACGACACAAACAAAUAAAAAACAACAAAAAACACAAAACAAAACUCAACAAACACACACAAUCUUACAGAAUCACACAAACACACAAACACACACAAACUCACACAAUCUUACACAAACUCACAGAA